CGCGAUCGAGUGUGCUCUCUGCCCAGCGUCUCCGUGAAGUUCGUGGCGUAAAAGACAAAUCGGUUUGACUUACAGUGCUUGAGGGAAAUGGUGAGAUUCGAAUGACAAGAGUGUGGACUGAUUGUAGUAUUCUUGCUCCAGUGAAUAAGGAUACGAUAAUUGAGGAAAAUCAGAGGAAUGAAGAAGCCACUGUUGUAAUGCAACAGAACUCGAGGGUCGCCCUUACAUUUGGAAUGUGUCCCAGCGAAAAUAAAAUAAAGACAGAGCUGCGAUCGUGCGCAGCAUGCGGUGAGCCUAUCUCGGACCGAUAUCUCCUGGAAGUCGGUGGCUGUACAUGGCAUGGAUCUUGUCUGAGGUGCUGUGUCUGUUUAUCACCUCUGGAUCGGCAACCGUCGUGUUUCUUGCGAGAGCGACAAGUUUAUUGCAAAGCUGAUUACACAAAGAAUUUCGGGGCGAAGUGCUCAAAGUGCUGCCGCGGAAUCGCCUCCUCGGACUGGGUGAGGCGCGCCCGGGAGCUCGUGUUCCACCUCGCCUGCUUCGCCUGUGAUGCCUGCGGCCGGCAACUCUCCACCGGCGAGCAGUUCGCCCUCCUGGACGAUCGGGUGCUCUGCAAGGCGCACUAUCUGGAGACCAUCGAGGGCGGCACGACUUCCAGUGACGACGGCUGCGAUCCGGAUGGGUAUCACAAGAGCAAGGCCAAGCGCGUGCGCACGACGUUCACGGAGGAGCAGCUGCAGGUGCUGCAGGCCAACUUCCAGAUCGACAGCAAUCCCGAUGGCCAGGAUCUGGAACGCAUCGCCUCCGUCACCGGACUGAGCAAGCGCGUGACUCAGGUGUGGUUCCAGAACUCGCGGGCGCGCCAGAAGAAGCACAUCCACGCCGGAAAGGGGAAAAUGCAAAGAGAAAAUGACGGCAGCUCUUUCGGACGCCACAUUAAUCUGCAACUAACGUACUCAUUCCAAAAUAACAAUAAUAAUUCGCAUAAUUCGUUACACUUGAACAACAACAAUAAUGUUAGUUCUAAUUGUAAACCAUCCAUAUUCACGCCACACGAUUCCUCCAUGGACGAGCUGUCGCAAGACUCCAGCAUCCACUGCAUGCAGAGCGAGGUGUAGAGAGUGUGGCCCAAAACCACUCCCAAUUUGCGCCAAUAGUCCAAUUGAGAUUCCUUCUGUGCAAUAGAAAAAGUCCCGGAAAUCAUUUCUCUCCUCAUCAUUUUUCUUAUAGUGAAAAGCAAUGUGAAUUUGUAUAUUUAUUUCCCCACCUAUUUAUUCUCGCAAACUCUCCCCUUUCGCGCUCACACUUACCCCAUCCCCCACCCCCACCCCCA